UUAAGGAUUCUCUGCUCCAAAGUUCCUCACACAUUUCCAAAAAUGUCGAGCACUUGGCCAAUUCUUCAACGUUUAUCCCUGAUCAUGAUCACCUUCUUCCUGCAGCAGUUCUUUACUAAUACCUCCCAUGGCGAUGUUGGCACUGCCGCCCGGUAUUCUCCCCCUUACUCACCGACGGCAUGUUAUGGCAGCGACCCAUCGCAGCUCCCGUCGAGCAAUUUGUUUGCGGCUGCUGGUGACGGAAUCUGGGAUAAUGGGGCAUCGUGUGGGAGGCAGUACUUGGUGCGGUGCAUCAGUGCCUCACAACCGGGAACGUGUGUUCAAGGCCAGACUAUCCAGAUUAGGAUCAUUGAUUCUGUUGGCUCAGCGCCUUCUUUGCCUUCUUCUAAUGGCACCACCAUGGUUUUGUCCACGACUGCUUUCCAGACCAUUGCAAAUGCAUCUGUCGUCGCCUUUAUCAAUAUCGAAUUUCAACAGGUAUGAUAUGGAAACUGGGCAGGGUUGAAUAUUUGUGUCGACUGAUCAGCUGUCACGGAACGCAUGCACAAGUAGACGACACAGAAUUAAUAAGAAAUCAAAUGCAUGGGAUUAAUGUAAUUAUAUGUACAUUUGGAUAGAGUA